UCCCCUCCAAUCCGCCUUUUUAUCCUCCUUUUUGCAACCCUCCGCACCCUCCCGGCUUGCCGUGUGGAUGCGGCCCGGGGUGCCUGGCUGCGCGGGUGGCGAGAGCAGAUGCUGAGGGGCCGGAGGAGGAUGGAGUGCACCCUCGAUGCGCAGAGUUUGAUCAGUAUUUCCCUGCGGAAGAUCCACAGCUCCCGCACGCAGCGAGGCGGCAUCAAGCUCCACAAGAACCUGCUCGUCUCCUAUGUGCUCCGCAACGCCCGGCAGCUCUACCUGAGCGAGCGCUACGCCGAGCUCUACCGCCGCCAGCAGCACUACCCCGACGGCGCCCCGCUCCUCGCCAUGCCCGCCUGCCCGCCGCCCCCCGCCGCCUCCGCCGCCGCCCCACCGGAGCUGGCGGCUCUCCCGCUGCCCCCCGACACGCAGGACCGCGAGGCGCGGAGCUGCUCGGCCGUGCGGGGCGGCGCGGAGCUGCUGGAGGUGCCCGUGUGCGCGGCGCCCCCCGAGCUGCAGCGAGCGCCUUGCAGAGACUCGUCCCCGGCUUUCUACCGGGCUUCCUCCACCGGUCCCGGUCCCGGCUCGCCCCCGGGGCUGCUGUACGCCGCCGGCUGUGACUUCGGGGCGCCGCACUGUAGCAGCCGCACCACGGUGCUGGAUUUGGACACUCACGUCGUGACCACGGUGGAGAACGGGUACUUGCACCAGGACUGCUGCUCGCAGUGCCCCUGCUGCUGCCAGCCGGCACCGGGGCUCGCCUCCCCGCCGCCCGCACCGGGCACCAAGCGCAAGUAUUACCCGGGGCAGGAGGAAGAGGAGGGGGUGGAGGAAGGGGAGCCGGGGGGAGGCGGGGUGGCGGGCGGCCCCCCCUUCGCCCCGUGCACCAAGCGCGCCCGCUUCGAGGAGUACAGCGCCGAGCACCCGCAGGACUCUUCCAACAUCUCCAACUUGAUCUCCAUCUUCGGCUCCGGUUUCACGGGGCUGGUGAGCCGGCAGCAGGCGGACUCGGAGCAGCCCCUCAACGGGCAGCUGUGCAGCAAGCAGGCGCUGGCGAGCCUGGGAGCCUGGACUCGGGCCAUCGUCGCGUUUUAGAGAGGAGCGGGGAG